UGCAUUAUUGUUAUAGUCUUCAACGCACACUAUGCAUUUUGUGUGUACAAAAAAUAUAUACAGGGUGGCCCAUAAAAAGAGGUUUUUUGUUUAUUCUAAUUUUACUUUUCCGCGUUUAAGGAAAACCUUACAAAUCCUACAUUUAAAGUAUUUUACUACUUCCUGUAGCUAUAAGCCUGCAGGAAUGGCACUUUUAAGUAUCUGAUAACCCUGUAUAUGUCUGUGAUAAAAAUAUAUUUAGAAGACUUUCAUGCUGGAUACAUUUUGUUAUGAUUUAUGUUAAGAUAAUAUACGUACGUGAGAACGAAGAUCAAUACAGCCCUGCACAGCCAUAUUCUCUUACAUCCCGUCGAAACGAACACCAUCAACACACGUUCUAGUUCCCAACCUUUGCAAUUUGCGCCUUUAUCGACCGCCAUAAUAACAUCUAAAUCCGCCGUCGUCGACAAAUAAUAAAUUUAGUUUCACUUGAACGGAAUGUUACAAUUUUUUUAUUUACCGAUAUCUCGUAAACGCAGCAGCCGCAUAUAAAAUGAGACGCGUGUCCAGUUGCAUGCUGCACUCGAUCCGUAAACAUCGCAUCUCAAAUAUGCCCCAGUGUAAACUAGUACUCCUCGUCCUUGGUACUUUGUCACUACAAGUUUUCUGUGACGAUGUCUCACCGAAGUUCAAGUUUAUGGACAAGAGCAGUUUUAAGAAAUCCAUGUGGAAAGAGUGCGCCAGUUCGUAUUCAAUCCCUUGCUUCAAACUUGACGUUAUUUCCUGGGUGGACAAGUUAAACGAAGAAGACACCAUCAACCUACUACCUGGAGUAUCGCUGGUUCGUGAGGAAUCAGGAGCCAGGUCAAGCCAACCGGAUAUAGUGGCUGAAUUGGCGAGGGAUUUUCCUAAUGAUCCUAGUUCUAGGCUGGAUGCUUUUCUGUUGAAAAGGAUUACAGGGUUUUUGAACUCGCAUUCGAUUAAGUUGAAUUUUUUUAACCAAAACGAGAAUGUGGAGACUGGGAGAGGAAAAGGAGGUGGUGGAGGAGGAGGAGGUAAAAAAGGAGGAGGCGGAGGUCAUGGGCAUAUGAUUUUGGCGGCGGGUGCGAUGAUGAAAGGAAUGUUGAUGGCUUUAGCCCUAGGUGGAAUCACUGCCAUAGCAGGUAAAGCUUUAAUCACCGGUCUUAUAUCGCUCCUGAUAUCAGGAAUCAUAGGAAUCAAAGCCCUGACCCACCAGGAGAAGAAAACAACGUACGAGGUCGUUUCGAAGCCGAUCUACACCCAUUCUCAGACUCAUUCCGAGUCUCACGAGCCAGUUGGACAUGUCGGACAUUCGUCCUAUGGUAGGAGUUUCGAUAUUCCUGAGGAAGUCCUAAGGGUAAAUCCCGAAGAAGGAAAACCACCAGUUCCCGGUUUAAAGCUUUAA